GUUUUUUCACCUUUAUUAGUUGGUCUGGUGAGAAAUAAAUUUAAAAUUUGUUGGUUCAUCGAAUAUUAAACUCUGUUGACACUUUAAGAUGGACAUUGAAUUGUUAAAUGUUCAAGCUACAUCACCUUUGAUUCGAAGUUUGGCUUCUGAUGAUGAUAGUUACACCUUGGAUCAAAUUGAGACUCAUUAUGGAACCAUUUUGGUUGCCAAGCAAGGAGCCGAUCAAAAACAGAAUAAACCAGUUAUCUUGACUUACCACGAUAUUGGAUUAAACCAUGUCUCCAAUUUCCAAGCUUUCUUUAAUUACAUGGAUAUGAGGCUGCUCUUGCAAAGUUUUACCUUGAUUCAUAUCAAUGCUCCUGGACAGGAAGAAAAUGCUGCUCCUCUGCCUGAAUCGUUUAUUUACCCAACUAUGGAUCAAUUGGCUGAACAGAUAGAAGCUGUUUGCAAAUUUUAUGGAAUCAAAAAUUUCAUUGGUUUCGGUGUCGGUGCUGGAGCUAACAUUUUAUCCCGAUUCGCCUUGAGAAAUCCUAGUUAUGUUGAUGGUCUUUUCCUUGUAAAUAGUUCAGCUUCUCAAUCAUCCUGGUCUGAAUACAUUUACCAGAAGAUGAAUAUUUAUUAUCUGAAUAGUGCAACUUUGGUUGCUGGAACUACAUUUCCACAAUCUGUUCAAGACUAUCUUCUUUGGUACCAUUUUGGACGAAUCACUGAAGAUCGCAAUAGAGAUCUGAUUGAAGUUUACCGUAAAUAUUUCUCUGGUCAAUCCAUUAACCCUAGGAAUCUUUCUCUCUUUCUUGAUUCUUACAUUCGCCGCACCGAUUUGGGUAUUGUUCGAGGAGAUAAAGAGAAAAACUUUAGAUGCUCAGUUCUCUUAUUAUGUGCUAAUUUGUCGCCCCAUGUUGAUGAUACAGUUGCCAUGAACUCUCGAUUGAAUCCAGAAAAUUCAACCUGGAUGAAGCUAUCUGAUAGUGGUAUGGCACUGGAAGAGCAACCUGGAAAGGUGGCUGAAGCACUGAGACUGUUCAUUCAGGGGUUAGGAUAUGCUUUAACAUUAUUUGAAAGACGUCGUUCAUCUCUACGUAAAAUGAGUCUCAAUUCAGAUGGAAGGGACAGCAAUUCGUCGUCCAGAAAAAACUCCUUCAAUCAACUGGAUCAACCGAUUAACGGUCGUCAUUCUGGAGAGUCAUCAUCACCUUGAAUCGUAUUUGGUGCCCCUUUUUAUCCUGUCGAUGUCCGUAUGCAACGUGAAUUUGAACCAAAAUGGCAACAAAGUAUGCUUCGAUCUCUAACUUCAUUUUUAUCAUCUUUACAUAAUCGUCAUCCUUGUGAUUCUUCAUCAUAUUCAUCAAAUGUCACCCUAAAUACCUGUCACCCCAUUUGUUCAUCAAACCAACACAUCAAAGUGGAGCUCACUUGUAUUCAACUUUGGAACCAAAAUCAACUUCAUUCAUUCGGUGAAUAGGAACAAAAUUAAAGUACCAAUCAGCCAAUUUUUUAUGCAUUUAAACAAUUCUGUACCUUCCUAUCAACUCAUCAAAAAAAACUUGCACCAUGGCAUUUCUAUUGCACUUUAUCCUCUAUCUCUCUCGCUAAUUAAUUUUAUCAUCUUUCUCAUCAUUCCUUACAAAAUGUGCUUCCCUAAUCCUUUCCCAAAUACAAAUCCUGACAUCUUUUCCUCUCAUCUCACCAAUCUUACGGUCAACUAUAAACCUUUUGUUUUAAAAAGCUUUGCGGCUUGGUUAAAAAGAAACUUCAUCAUGACACCAAAAACACAUGAUCAUAUCUUCAAGAAACCAUCUCUAUUGACUAGAAAUAUUAGUCAAGAUAUCUUCCUGGAAAUUUUUUGUACCUGAUGAACAAAAAUAUAUUUAAGUCUGAAAACAUUUGUACCUGUGGAAUAAAACCCAAGCCGAGUGAAACAAACAACUAAUGGGAAAAUAAAAGCUAAAUAUAAUGAACAAAAGCAAUUACGCCUCAAACUUAUGCAUAAAAUUUUGUAAAACUGUGUCGAUUUAUUCUGGUCUCAACCCAUCCCGAUGAAAAUACAAAAGAUUCGCAUAGUGAAUGGGAAACACUGAAAGCAAAGCAAACAAGUGGAUUAUCAAAAAGUGAUACUUUUUGCAGAAUGUUUUAUCAUGGUUAAAGAUUAAUAUCACCAUCAUGAAUUUGGAUUUGCUUUUCAAGAUAAUUCAUGAGGUAAUAAAACAAGUUUUCAAGAAAA